ACUUAUGUAAGUUUCUCCAUGUAGGAGGGCAGGCGAGAGAGGGGAUUCCCCCCCUUUUUUUCCCUCCCUCUUCGCCUCGUCUGCCUGCCUGCCUGCCCGCUCCGGCCUGCCUGCCUGCUUCCCCCGCCCCGCACGGAGCCCCUUCCAGGCGGCGAGGACCAGCUUUCGCCCCCCCCCCUCGCCGGGCCGGUUGUUUGGGCGGCGUUUUCGGGGACCGGCGCAGGCGGGGCGGGCGGGCGGCGGCCAAGAUGUCUUCGGUGCAGGCGUCCCGCAGACAAUGGUGCUACUUGUGCGACCUGCCCAAGAUGCCCUGGGCCAUGAUCUGGGACUUCAGCGAGGCCGUCUGCCGGGGCUGCGUCAACUUCGAGGGCGCCGACCGCAUCGAGCUGCUGAUCGAGACGGCGCGGCAGCUGAAGCGCAGCCACGCCAUGCCCGAGGGCCGCUCGCCGGGGCCGCCGGGCGCCAAGCAGGCCAAGGACGGCGGCGGCGGCGGAGGAGGGACCGGGCUGGAGCGCUACGAGCGAGCCCGCCUGGCCGGCCCCGACUACGCGCUCAGCCCGCGCUUGCCCAACGGACUGGCCCGCGGCGGCGAGGAGGUGAGCGGCGGCGAAGGCAGCCGGCAGAGCCCGACGGCCCGGCGCGCUCUGGUGGGUCCUGCGCCGCCCGGGCUGGUGGCUCCGCCGGGGCUGAUGCUGGCGGCGGCCGUGCGCCCCGCGCCUGCCUCGCUGCCCCUGGCCUCGCCGCUGCUGGGCGAGCUGGCCAAGCCGGCGUCGCGGGCGGGCUACGAGUACGAGAAGGAGAAGGCGCGGCACAGCGAGUGCCUGGCCGAGCUGAACGAGGCCAUGCGGGCCCGCGCCGAGGAGUGGCACGGCAAGCCCAAGGCGGUGCGGGAGCAGCUGCUGGCGCUGUGCGGCUGCGCGCCCUUCACCGUCCGCUUCAAGAAGGACCACUCGCUCACCGGGCGCAUCUUCGCCUUCGACGCCGCCGCCCGGCCGGGCUACGAGUACGAGCUGAAGCUCUUCGCCGAGUACCCGUGCGGCUCGGGCAACGUCUUCGCCGGGGUGCUGGCCGUGGCCAAGCAGAUGUUCCAGGACUGCCUGAAGGAGCCCGGCAAGGUCCUGUCCUCGGGCUACAAGUACCUGGAGUACGAGAAGCGGCACGGCUCGGGCGACUGGCGCCUCCUGGCCGAGCUCUUCACCGAGGCCGUGCGCUACUUCCGCGAGCCGCCCGCGCCCGACGCGCUGCCCCAGCAGUUCCUCGACGGCUCCUCGGCCGCCGGGCCGCCCAACGUGCUGCUGCGGGCCGCGCCCCCCGCCCGCCCGGGCUUGAGACGCCGCAAGGCUUCCCCGGAGCCCGAGGGGGAGCUGGCGGCCGGGAAGCUGACGGGCGAGGAGCAGCUGCAGCAGCGCCAGCACUGGCUGCCCCCGGGAUCCUCCACCGGGCUCUACCCGCCCCCGGGCCUGGCUCACCUGCCCGCCCAAGCCGGCCUGCCCGAGGGCUCCCUCCGCAACGACCCCUCGCCCAUCACGGCUCUGAAGAACGUGGCCGACACGCUGGGCGGCAAGGAGCUCAACCCGGUGCACUCCACCACCGCCCGGCAGAACAGCACCAGCCCGGCUUCGCCAGCCGCCUCGGGACCCCACCGCCUGGUGCCCCGCAACGGAGAGCCGGGCCAAGCAGCCACCACCACCACCUCUUCUUCAUCCUCCUCUUCCUCCUCGUCUUCGUCCUCCGGAGCCCACUCUUCCGGGGCGGCCGAGCCCAGCGGCACCCAGAGCGCCCCCGACUCCUCCGGAGGGGCUGGCAGCGCCCCGCUCUGCUGCACCAUCUGCCACGAGCGGCUGGAGGACACCCACUUUGUGCAGUGCCCGUCGGUGCCGGGCCACAAGUUCUGCUUCCCCUGUUCACGGGAUUUCAUUAAAGCCCAAGGAGCUGCGGGCGAGGUGUAUUGCCCCAGCGGGGAGAAGUGCCCCCUGGUGGGCUCCAACGUGCCCUGGGCCUUCAUGCAGGGCGAGAUCGCCACCAUCCUCGCAGGGGACGUCAAAGUAAAAAAGGAGCGCGAUCCGUGAAGGCGGCCGAGAGGAGCGGCUGCGAUCCGGGACGGUGUGCCACGGGACGCCCCCUACCAACGUUGGUUCCUGCAGCCAGGGCAGGGACUGGAGUAACUUAUUGCCUCUCUGACAUCCUCUGCAACCCACUGCAGACUUGGGGGGCCUGUAUAUAAUUCUAUUUUUUAAAUCCUAUUUCCAUAGCCAGCUUAUAUCUGAAGUCACAUCUACGUAACCUACUACAGGGGUGGGGAGGGGUGGGUGGUGGGUGGAUGGACUACUCACUUGCGGGAUGGGGAGACCGAAAUGCGGGGUUGACGAGCUUGCCGGAUGCAUUUCAGAAGUUUCUUGGGGCAUCCUGCUCGCCGUGAAGAUGCUACGCCCCCUUUUUCUCCGAUGUCUUGAUGUUUGACUCUUUCCCGAACCAGAACACUUUCCCAGCCCCACAUCGGUCCCUUAGGUGCUAUUUAAUCCUGGUUCAAGCUUCACUUUCUCACGUUCCCCCAUUCCACUGCAUUGGGAGGCCUCCUCCUCAUUGUGGGGGGUCAGUCUCCGUACGUGUCGUUCUCACGGCCAUCACAGCCCAUCACUGGACACCAUUCUGAAUCUGUGCACCUUUGUUGGGAAGUUCAGAAGUCUGCUGUGUGGAUCCAGGGAGGGGAAGGGAAGGGAAGGAGGCAUGCUGUGUGGGGAUGGUUGGAGGGGGAGAAGGAGAAACAGGGCCGGGGGAAAUUAGGGGGAAGCAGUGUGGCAGGAGGAAGAGAGGGAUGGACAAAGUGCCUCGCGUGUUGAUCUUCAGUUAGGCGGUGGGGGGGUAUUUUUCAUACCAAAAGACUAAGCAUGCACGCCAAAAAUAAGGGUGGUUUUUGUUGUUGUUAAAAUGCAUAAUUUGUCAGGUGGAAGAGAGGAGAGAAAGUCCUAGAAAGGCCAGGAUUGAGAGAGGUGUGCGGAGGAAAACAUGGAAUAUGGACCUAAUCCGCUGCCAUUUCCUUUCUGCUGCACAAGCUCCCU